AGUCCAGGACGCAGAGCCGACGGAAGCGGCGGCGGCAGCAGCAGCAGCUCCCAGUACCUCAGAAGCCAUAGAGACACCGCCAAGGCAGGAGCUGGAACAGUAGCAGCGGCGGCGGCGGCGGCGCCGAGGUUGCCUCAGCAUGUCCACCAGCCCUCCGCACCAGCGGCCCCCGGUGCUCGCGGCCAGCCGACAGCAGCAGCCAGAGCCCCGGCUGCUGAGUGGCCCGGGGCUUUAAUGCCCCCCUUGGCUCCCCCUCGCCACCGCCGCCUUCUCCGGGAAGGGGAACAAGAAUGAACUAAACCGGCUGCCGGAGCGCUCCUUCGAUGGAAGACUGAGGUUGACAUUGAUUUGUCCAAGGCUGUAGAGUGAGUCAGUGGCAAAAAUAUGUUCCAAACCCUGCUUUCUAUCACUGGACCACCGUGCCUUUCCAAUAUUCUGUAUUCAUAAAAUUACUUUGAAGAACCUUAUCUCUUCAGGUUUGAUUUUCCUUCAUCAGGUAUUUAAGAUACAGAGGAACUGGCGCAGACACUGCCAUGAAACCUAACUUGAAGCAAUGGAAACAACUAAUGCUAUUUGGAAUAUUUGCGUGGGGCCUGCUAUUCCUGGUGAUUUUUAUCUACUUCACAGACAGCAACACAGCUGAAGCAGUUCCGAGUUCCUUCUCUUACAUUGAGACCAAGAGGCUUCUGCCCAUUCAAGGCAAGCAAAGAGUUAUUAUGGGAGCAAUACAUGACCCGUCUUUCUCUGAACCAAUUGAUGGAAACGAAGUGCUUCUUCACAAAGAUAUCUUGGAUUCGUUUAAAUCAGGGAAUGGAAACAUUAAAAAGUGGACAGACUUAGAAGAUGGCUUUGAAAGCGAAGAAGAAUUUUUCCCUUCCCAGUUAAAAAGGAAAUCAAAAAGUGCUUUCUAUCAGAGGGAUGGUGAUUAUUUAUUUGCUGCUGGUCAGCCUCGGUCACAGAGUCAUGUUCAGCGAAUAGUGAAAUUAAUCUCUGCAGAGGGGGAGGAUCAGAGGGGGAACUCUUUGCAGAAUAACUGGCUCCCUCGAAAGAAGAUGAAGAGAAGGCACACAAGACGCAGGAGAAGCCAGCUGUUUGAAGAGUCUGAUGAGUGGGAUGGAAUAUAUUCCACAAUGUCCAAAUCUUUCCUGUAUAAGCUUUGGAAAGGGAACGUCUCUUCCAAGAUGUUGAAUCCUCGCCUGCAGAAAGCAAUGAAAGAUUACCUGAAUACCAAUAAGCAUGGGGUGCGGUUCAAAGGGAAGCGAAACUCCAAGUUGACCUCUGAACAGCUCUUCUGUGAGCUCAAGGCAAGAGUGAACAUCAGGACCAUAGAUGGCAAAGAAGCCCCUUUUUCUGUGCUUGGCUGGGAAAAACACGUCCCCCAGAUAUCACUGAGUAAAUUGUAUCCACAUGGGUUUGGAACCUGUGCUGUCGUUAUGUCUGCUGGUGCCAUACUGAACUCCUCCCUAGGCAAUGAAAUAGAUUCCCAUGAUGCAGUUCUCCGAUUUAAUUCUGCUCCUACACGAGGCUAUGAAAAAGAUGUUGGAAAUAAAACCACUAUGCGUAUCAUUAAUUCUCAGAUACUUACUAAUCCUAACCAUCACUUCAUUGAGAACUCCUUAUAUAAAGAUGUUAUCUUAAUAGCUUGGGAUCCUGCUCCCUAUUCUGCUAAUCUGAAUGUGUGGUAUAAGAAGCCAGACUACAAUUUGUUUACUCCCUACGUUCAGCACCGCAGGAAGAAUCCAAACCAGCCAUUUUACAUUCUCCAUCCCAAGUUUAUAUGGCAGCUCUGGGACAUUAUUCAGGAGAACACCAAGGAGAAGAUUCAACCCAACCCUCCUUCUUCAGGUUUUAUUGGAAUCCUCAUCAUGAUGUCAAUGUGCAGUGAAGUGCACGUAUACGAAUACAUUCCUUCAGUCCGACAAACUGACCUUUGCCACUACCAUGAACUGUACUAUGAUGCAGCUUGUACCUUGGGGGCCUACCAUCCACUGCUCUAUGAGAAACUGUUGGUACAGAGGAUGAACAAAGGAUUACAGGAUGAUUUGUACCGGAAAGGAAAAGUGAUUUUGCCAGGGUUCAGGUCAGUGAAAUGCCCUGGACAAAAUCGAUUCCCCUACACUUAAGAGGGAACCUUUCUGAAACAAUGUGCAAUAAGGUGCUACUGUCGUACUAUAAACAACAAAAAAUACUUGAAAAAAAAUGGAUCCUAGACCAACCUAGUCUUGCGUCUAUAAACUGUAAUUAGGUAGCAGGCAUGGGGAGGAGUUUUUGCUUCUGAGGCCUGAGUAUUUAUUAUUGCUUUGCGGAUAGAGGGGUUUUUGUUUUCUUAAGGCUUAGCUUUUGAAAGACAAACAGCCGUGAAAGCAAACUAACCGUGAGUAUUGUAUGUGGGGCCUAUCAGAGAAUGGCAGACAUUUAUGUCACUUGUGCCAGAUUGCAGUUCUUUAGAAAAGCUAUUUUAGUAGCCAAGUCUAACCUACUGAAAUAGUUCAUGUAACAAGAAAGAAAGAGACUAAGAAA